AUGAAGCAGGAUUUAUCAGACACGGAGAGCAUUUCAAUGGAUCAAGACACCGCCUCAAAUGGAGGCCAGCCUGUCAAAAUUAGAAAGAAGCCAGGCCGCAAGCCUAAUCCUGCCUCCCCAGCACUGCGAAAGGCACAGAACAGAGCUGCUCAGAGAGCAUUUCGUGAACGCAAAGAACGCCACAUGCGAGAAUUAGAGGUUGCCAUCAAACAGAUCAGAGAGCAAAGAGAUAAACUGCAUGCUGAAAACGAACAACUGAAAGCUGAUCAGGAAAUCAUGCGCUCAGAGAACUGGUAUUUGAAAGGCAUUGUCCUCACAUUACAGCUGGUGUGUUUUCAGCACAACCUGGUGAUUCCUCAGCACGGCCCUUACAUCAAUGAACAAGCCUUGUCAGUGCUUGCUCAGUCCAUCCCAGAAUCCAUCUCGACCUACAUUAGCGUCAAUGCCAACAACAAACUGCCCAUCCCCUCCAAGCUAUUUGGCUACAAGCAUACCAUGAAGCAGCGUGAUCGAUACCUCUCUACGGGGUCCAUUGUGAUUACCAAAGAAGGCAUUCACUCUGUACCAGAUCGCUCUUCUCCCCACCCUCAACAACCAAUCAUUUCAAAGACAGUGCCUGUUGCAGUACCCCGUCAGAGAGAAUCAUCCACUUCCUGCCCUCCAGAAUCCAUGUACGACUCUGAUUUUCCCACUGAGGAUCUUGUGCACCCUCUGGAAGCUCAAGACGAAGAUGCAGGCAUUCCUCCUCUCUCGCCUGGCUCGGUCGCUUCGGAUGCAGAUGCGCACCAUCCACAUCAUCCACAGCAACAACAACGACAGCAACAAGCAACACCUCGUCCUGUCAUGCUGACAGAAGAGCCCAUCACAUCCAAUCUUGCUGCUAUUCAAACCCUGCGUCUGCGUCUUCGAUUGCAGUCAGCCUGUGUCCGUAUGGAUUCGAUACCAUUUGCUAUCCAACCUACUAUUUUGCAGUUGACAAUACCUCAUGAUCCUCGUAUUGACCUCAUUCCAACACCCCACAUGCGCGACCGAAUGAUCCUGUUUAGAGACCAAUUUGAUUUGGAUGAUUGCUUCCGAUGCUUACUAGGACAUUCCGUUUUUCAUGGCGGUGACCCUGCUAUUGCUGCAAACUGGCAGUUACCACCUGAAUUCUUUGAAAAAUACUGGUUCUUGACCAUCGAUUACGAUCUUCGUCGCACCACAAAUCAUUGGAGAAGACUACAGGGCCUCAGCGAACUUGAUUUUAAGCAGCAGCAAAAGCAACAACAGCAAGAGCUAAAGAGAGCAGCAGAAAAUGACACUCGUACUCAGCCAUUGCUGGAACAAACGCACCAUCAAAACUUGAACCACACAGACAUCUCUGCAUUGCUGGGUAUUGAUUUUUGGAAGAUUGCACAACGAAACCACACAGAUACAACUACCAACAGAGCCGCAAAUGAACAAAAUGCCUCCUAUGCUUCAUCGUUAUCGUCGGAUUGCUCAUACAACACAGACUCCUUUCCCUUACAAGCACCAACUUCGCCUACCACUGUUGUUGAUGAUGACCCGGUUUCUUCCUUUGAACCCGUUCGUCUCACAAACGGCUAUUCUUUCUCAUCAUUCUCGAAACCCCAACAAACACCACCAGCAACAAAGAAAUCAUCUAAAAUUCAUCAUCAUCAUAGUAUUCACCAUCAUCAACAACACCAUAAAACUCAACGCCAUCACCCCUAUCAUCAUUCACCGUCGUCUGAAAGCAAAAAGACUCCUACAACAAUUGAUCCAUGGGAUACAUUACUAGUGGAUGUGAAUGCUGCUGCCGCUGCUACCUCAGCGGACAACGCAUCGCACCAAAACUACGACCUAAUGAUGGACAAUUUAGAGCUUGCUAAACCAUAA